AUGGCGCGCAACAGAACAACCGAGCCCGGCGUAAGUGACUCUCCAAGCGGGAGACUGAGCCAAAAACGCUCCCGCCAGCAAGUGCAGGACGAAACCAACGAGGAGCCUGUGAACGGCACUCCCUCGAAGCGGAGGCGUCAAGCUGCACCGGUCGACCCGUACGAAAUACCAUCUGACAACGAUGGUGACGAGGAGGAGGAGCAAGAGGUGGAGGAGGGGAAAAAGGAUAAACACCCCGAACCAGAACCCGAGAACCAAACCCCAAAGAAACGACGGGGCCGCCCGCCCAAACCCGCGACUCCUUUAGCCAACGGCACCGUCACACCCUCGAAACGGCGGCAGGUAAACGCCCUGGUGACACCAUCAAAGGCCAUAACACCGAGGAGGAGACAGGCGGCAGACCGCUCUGCACGGCGGAAGAGCGCUCGGUCACUCAUUCAGAGCGUCAUCGCCGACGAUAGCGAAGACGACGACGAGGGCCUGGCCCGGGAGAUCUACGAAUCCAGCGAAGACGAAGACGAGGGGCCAGAUGGACGAGACGUGCCGCCCGCAGAAGCUAUCACGCAACCCUCUGAACCAGACACACCUUCCGCAACGCCCUCACGCCGCCGAGGCCGCCCGCGCAAGCAACCGCCGCCGAAAUCCCCGACCCCGCCCCGAGACCUUCCUCCUCACGAGCUCUACUUCGAGCACAACAAGCCCGGCCGCCCAAAGACGUCGCACAACACCCUCGCAUCCCUGGAGUUCCUCACACACGACGAGUACUUUGACCUUCUCCGCGCUAGAGAUGAGCCCCACACCGAGGACCUUGCCUACCUGCAGUCGCUCCACGAGGCCUCGUUCGAGCAGUGGCGCUUCGAGCUUGCCCAGGGUUUCAGCCUGUGUCUCUACGGCCAGGGCUCGAAGCGCGACCUCGCGCGAAAGCUGGCGGAGCACCUGCACGCCGUGGACCCGAAGGCGCCCAUCGUGGUGGUCAACGGCUACGUUCGCACCAUCACGGCGCGCGACGUCUUCACCACGUUGGCCUCGGCACUCAGCCCGUCCCUCAAACUGCCCGCUCAGCCGACAGCAAUGGUCCAGACCCUCUCGUCCGCCCUUGCCGCAUCGCCCACCCACCUGACGGUCAUCCUAAACUCCAUCGACGCCGUACCCCUGCGCAAGCCGGCGACGCAGCAACUCCUCUCCCAACUCGCCGCCCACCCGCGCAUCCGUCUCAUCGCGACGGCCGACACGCCCUCCUUCCCGCUGCUCUGGGACGCCGCCCAGCGCACGUCGUUCAACUUCCUCUUCCACGACUGCACCACCCUCCAGCCGCUGGACGUCGAGCUGGACCCAGUCGACGACGUGCACGAGCUGCUCGGCCGCAAGGCUCGCCGCGUCAACGGCAAGGACGGCGUCGUCUUCGUCCUGCGCUCGCUGCCCGAGAACGGCAAGAAAUUGUUCCAGCUGCUCGUCAUCGAGGUCCUGUCCGCCAUGGACGACGGCGACCAGCAGCCCGGGGCGGAGAACCCGGGCGUGGAGUAUCGCAUGGUGUACAACAAGGCCGUCGAGGACUUCAUCUGUAGUUCCGAGAUGGCCUUCCGCACCUUGUUGAAGGAAUUCCACGAUCACCAGAUCAUCACCAGCAGGAAGGAUGCGCUCGGUACGGAACUACUGAGCAUCCCGUUCCGGCGGGAGGAACUCGAGGCCAUUCUUGAGGAGUUGAUGUCAUGA